AUGUGUGGUAGAUUUGCACUUGAUUUCAACCAAGAUGAUUUAAUGGCCCAGUUCGAAGACCGGCGCCUUACGGUAAAGAGCCAGCCUCCUCGUUUUAAGCCAUCAUACAAUGUUGCUCCAACUAAAUCUAGCCCUGUUUAUCAUUCCAAUAAGGUUUUAUUGAUGAACUGGGGACUUAUUCCACAUUGGACUAAGGCUAUUACCAAAGCACAACAAUAUAAAACUUUUAAUGCAAGAGCUGAGACGGUUUUAACAAGUAAAAUGUGGUCUAAGGUAAUUAAAAGUUCACGAUGUGUUGUUCCAAUAUCUGGGUAUUACGAAUGGGAGACGAAGCAAUCAAAAAAGGUUCCCUAUUUUGUCCGGCGUAAAGAUGGCAAUGUUGCGUUCCUUGCGGGCAUGUUCGAUGAGGUUAAAGUAGAAGGCGGAGAAAAUAUAUUAAGCUUUACAAUUGUGACUGGACCUGCUCCCAAGGCUCUUCAGUGGCUCCACAAACGUAUGCCAGUCGUUUUGGAGCCUGGGUCAUCAGAAUGGGAAGCAUGGCUUGAUGAUGACAAGCAGGAUUGGGACGAGGAAUAUCUAUCCAGAAUCCUGAGUCCUAAAUUUGAUUCUAAUAUCAUGGAACAUUAUAGGGUUCCAUUAGAAGUGGGCAAAGUGUCUCAAAACUACAAGGCUUUGAUGGAGCCAUUGAAUACAGGGAUUAAGGUUUUCUUUCCAGAAGUCAAGAAGAGCACAGAACCUGCAAUUCCGGGCAUAAUAAAGGUGGAAGAAGAGAUAACAGUGAAAGAUGAAUCACCAGUAAAAAACCUCAAAAAGCGUAAAAUCAUCCCUCAUAGGGAUAUUGUUGAACUUCUACGGAAUUCAAAAAAAAAAAGGUCAUAA